AAUACAAUCUGACGUAUGCGGUACGUGGAUGUAGUUAUUUGUUACAGAGUCUGAGCCCGCAUUGAAGACGACGUCGCCUUGUGGAAAGCCGAAAUACAGGCUGUCCUUGGUCUUGUUUCCUGUUUGCCACAGAAUCUGACAAUCACCUUAUACUUGUCCUAAACUGCCAAAGCACUGUUCGUUAAAGUCUGUGGAGAGAGAAAACUACUCUGGACCAAAAUUAAAAGGUUAAUUGAAAUCAUAAUAACAUUGUUAUAUUGAUUGGUAAGAACAAUGAUGAAUUCUUCCUCGCUUGCCACCCAACCACAGCACUUGAAUUCCUCCGUCAUGAAUGCAAGUGUAAAGCAAGAGAACACUGCUGGAGAUGCCGAGUCGAUGUUCUACCGCGAUGCAUCCAUCAGGCGCGUUGAUGCCGACACAGAAGGUGUGAAGGUAGAAGGAAGGUUAGAAAUUGACGUAGAUGACAAAGGAACAGUACAUAUAAAGAAGGAGCAGGAGGUGGAGAAGAAAGGAGGAGGGGAGGAUGGUAUCGGCAAUGAACCGAGUGUAGACAUUUACAUCAAUAAUGUUGUGUGUGCUUUUAGUGUAAGAUGCCAUCUCAAUCUCAGGAGGAUAGGACAGUCUGGCGCCAAUGUGGAGUACCGGAGAGAAUACGGGAAAGUGAACAUGAGGUUCCGCAAUCCCCCAGCCACUGCUACCAUCUGGUCAUCAGGUAAAAUCACCAUCACAGGCAAUGAUAGCGAAGAGCAUGCAAAGAAGACUGCAAGAAAGUGUGCCAGGGCACUGCAGAAAAUGGGUUUCAAUGUACGGUUUUCAAGGUAUAAGGUUGUGAAUGUAUUAGGGACCUGCUCACUGCCGUUUGCUAUACGUAUCAGGGACUUCUCCCAAAGGCAUCCAAGUAGUGCAAGCUAUGAGCCUGAGUUACAUCCAGCUGUCACCUACAAGAUGUACAAUCCCAGGGCAACGCUGAAGAUCUUCUCAACAGGAAGCAUCACAGUCACAGCGCCAGCAGUAGACAACAUCAGCAAAGCAAUAGAACACAUAUACCCUUUGGUUGAGGUUCAUAAGACGCCCCUCAGUGAGGCAACUAUACAGAAGAGACUCGCCAGAAAACGCAAACGAGAAGGAUAUCUCGAGGAUGACGAAGAGAACACUGAUGACGAGUAUGCCGAUGAGGACGCAUUAGACAACGAGGAGGACAGCGACGAGUAUUCAUCGGACGAUAGUAGCUGAGAGAGUGUGAGUAGAUGAUCGGGGGCUGCCGUCCACGUGGAGGUUGAAGAAAGAGGUUUUAUGUUCUCAUUGCUGCUUUCAAAACUGCAUCAAGUUUUCAGUGCAAGAGGCUGAAGGCCAGCGUAUGAUUUAGCAGUGUGGAGAAAAUGUUGUGGUCCUAUGUCGAACAUAGUUCAUGUAUGCUUUGGAUAUCAGGGAGACCUUUCAUCAGCUUUUUGUCAUCUGACAACGUUUCUGGGUUGAGAUUGGCCAAGAAGUAUAUGUGUCUAUAAAUUGCUUCUAUUUUAAAUGUUGAAUAAUGAAAGCUUCCAUGAAAUAGUGUCCUGACUGCAUGGCUGGCGUCUUUAUCCAGAAGAUGCAGGGAUUCAGUUUUUUUAAUUAAGAGGGGAGCCAAUCAAACAGCUCUCCUAAAUGUUUUAAGGGGAGUGGUAGGGGAUCAUUGACUGACACUCUUGUUUUACAUUCAGAUUAAGUGAUAUCAGAAUAGAGAUUAUAAAGGGAAUUAAAAAUGUACAAACUAAAUGUGAAUGAUGUUGCCUGAUUUGUAGGUUUUCUGCUUUUAUCAUAUCGUAUGUCACAAAAAAAUGUAUUUCGCUAAGGUGAGUGAUAAAUCGCUCUACCUGAAAUGGAUUAAGGCGAGAAGUAGCAAGCGAUUGCUCUCACUCCCCUUAAAACUGAGUCCCUGAAGAUGAGGUAUCCUUAUGACUCUUCUUGACGUUCAUUUCUUCACCAAGUCUUGGGUCCAAAUUCACAUUGAAUUAUGCAAAUUUCUUGUGUGGAUUACACUUAAUUCAGCAAUCAUAUUCAGAAAGUGUCCAAUGAUUGUAUGCAUGGUUCUAUCAUAGGGUGGUAUAGUUCAUGCCUUUUACCAUGGUUUUAGUCCACUGUUAAUGUAAAUUAAUUUAGAUAAGCAGUGGACUGAUGAUCUAAACAUCAGUGGAUUUAUUAAGGCCAGAACCUUUAUAGCAACAAACAUAAAUUAAGCUGAAAGUUCACACCUUGGACCCUCUAUUGACAUGCAUAAUUGAGCGUAAUUUAUCCAUGACUUCGAAGCACGCAUUUAAAACCACCUGUGUGAAUUUGGGCCUUAGAGUUUUUAAUAUAUGCUAGCGAACCAAAUCACUUCAU